AUCCCACCUCAAUCUCAUUUCCACUACUUUUACCAUAUCCAUUGCACACACUCACAUACACCUAUACAUACAACAUUAAAUAUAUAAACAUAUAACACCCCCUUUUAUUCUCCCUCUUGUCUCUGUUUCUUGCUACCUUCCGCUUUUAAACGUUACAUUCAAUGUCAUAACUGCUACUGGGAGAGAUUUCAGAGAGAUCGAGAUUGAGAGAGAGAUAUCGAGAGAGAUGUGGAGAUCUUCGUAUAAUCUGCUGAAACAAAUCAGAGUUAACACAAGACCUAGAUUAAUUAACAAUCCAAACAAGUACACUAACUGUUUGAUUAACAGACCUAAUUACGCUAAUUUCUUCCCCUCGUUUUGCACGGGUGCUGAAUCGAAACGGAAGGAGAAUAAUAAUGACAAUGAGAGUGCUAAUACGACCGCUGCGUGUUCGGAAGCUCGGAAGACGAAAGAGAGCGGUACGAUAACGGCGGCGGAAGCUCGGAAGCUGAUGAGAUUGGUGGAUGUAGAGGCGCUGAAGGUAAAACUGGGCACGGAGGGUAAAGAGGUGAUUUCGUACAGGGAUUUGCUUCAGGCUUGCCGUGGUUACGGUGUGGCGAAAUCGGAUGAGGAGGCGACUGUGUUUGCUAGGGUUCUGGAUGAUGCUGGCGUCGUUUUGUUGUUUAGAGAUAAGGUUUAUCUGCAUCCUGAUAAGGUUGUGGAUUUGGUUAGGAGGGCAAUGCCCCUUGCUCUGUUACCUGAUGAUGACCCCAAGCUGGAAGAGCUGAAGAAGCUGCAGGAGAGAAAAGCUGAGCUUGAUGUAAUGGCUAAUAAGCAGGUCAGGCACAUCCUCUGGGGUGGGUUGGGGUCCUUUCUGUUAGGGGUCGGGCUCUUCUUCCGACUCACAUUCUGGGAGUUCUCAUGGGACGUAAUGGAGCCAAUUGCAUUUUUCACCACAACAUUUGGCGCCGGUAUAGGUUAUGCGUACUUCUUGUUCACUUCGAGAGACCCGACAUAUCAAGAUCUGUUGAAGAGGCUGUUUCUGAGGAGACGGAACAAACUGAUCAAGAAGCAUGGUUUUGAUGUUGCCAGGUAUAUGGAGUUACAAAGACAGUGCAAGUCAUCACUAGAUGCCCAUCCUGAUGCAAAACAUCGGAUAGUAGGUGGGGUGGAAUUGGAGACGCGGGAUCUGUUUUAUCGCUAAUUACUCACUUUGGACUACAGAUAUAUUUGAGCUUACCUUACCUUAACUAAUUACCAACCAAGCCCCUGUCCUAUUUUGUUAAAAGGUAGGGGUAGUUACUGUUAAAGCUCUCAUUUUGGUCUUGGGGGAGGAAGUAUUCAUUGGUGAUUCCUCUACUCCGAUUUAUAACACAACAAGCAGUUGUAGCUAUAUACUGUUUUCAUUCAGCAGAAAUGUUGGUGUCGAGACUGACUUUAAUUCCCCAUCUUGUUUGCUUGAUGCUGGCCAAUUUGUUUGUUUCUCUUGGAGGGUGAAGUUACUCUUCCAGCCUUAAAUGGUGCAAAUAAUUUUUUACCA